AUGAACAUCGUGAUGAGCACCAGCCAUAGUGAACUUGUCGAGCUAACAAGUAGAAUUGAUGAGAAAAAUGGUAGCUGGUGUGAGGCUAUAAAUAGCAUCUCUCUCUAUGCCCUGAACGCAUCACAAACUAAACGCACGAUCAUGGGUGUUUUUGCUUACGAUGAUGAGAACUCCUCUACCGUGCCUCCAGCAAUACUGUACAAGGCUCUGACAAAAGAUUCCGACAGCAUCUUCCCAAAGGUUAUUCCGGCCAUCCAGAGCAUUGAACUUGUUGAAGGAAAUGGUGGACCGGGAACCGUCAAGAAGGUAUCAACUAUUCAAGGUGGCGAAACAAGCUUCGUGCUGCAGAAAGUGGAUGCAGUGGACGAGGCCAACCUGGGAUACGACUACAGCAUAGUGGGAGGGACAGGCUUGCAUGAAAGUUUGGAGAAAAUCAUACUCCAGACAAAGGUGGUGCCUGGCCCUGAUGGUGGCUCCAUCUCCAAGGUCAGCGUCAAAUACCACACCAAAGGCGAUGCACCGCUCUUAGAUGCAGUGCGUGAAGAAUCAAAAGCCAGAGGAACUGGUGCUUUCAAGGCCGUUGAGGGUUACGUUUUGGCAAAUCCUGCUGAAUACUAG